CCAUUUGAACAAGAAGAAGAAGAUAGGACUAGAGAGAAUUGAUACAGCUCACUCAUUUCACAUUCACCCUAUCUAUCUUCACACUGAAAAAACAAGAGAGAGAAAAUCAAUCAAUUAAUGGUAAGAGAGAAUUGGACUAUGGCCGGAAAAUUAUGCGAUUCAUGUAAAUCAGCAACGGCGACUCUCUUCUGUAGAGCCGAUUCAGCAUUCUUAUGCAUACCUUGUGAUACCAAAGUUCACGCAGCAAACAAACUCGCUUCACGACAUGCUCGUGUUUGGAUGUGUGAAGUCUGUGAACAAGCACCUGCUUCUGUAACUUGUAAAGCCGAUGCUGCUGCUCUUUGCUCUACUUGUGACCACGAUAUUCAUUCAGCUAAUCCACUCGCUCGUCGUCAUGAACGUUUCCCUGUCGUUCCGUUUUACGAAUCGGCAUCAACUGCUCCAAAGUAUUGCUGUGGUGGUAGUGGUGGUGGAAAUGGAGAGGAUCGUUACUUAGAUCUUGAAUCUGGAGAGGCGGAGGAGGCGGAAGCGGCUUCGUGGAUAUUACAGAAUCCUAGUAGUAAAGUAAUUGAUUGUAAUGAGACGAAAGGAAAUGAUUAUCUGUUUACUGAUGUUGAUCCUUACCUGGAUCUGGAUCUAGAUCUGAUGUCUGAUCAAAAGCAUCAUCAUCAUCAUCAUCAGAACGACUGUGUUGUGCCUGCUGUUGUUCAUCAGGGAAAUAACUUACCUACUCCUUCAGUUGUAGACGGUGUUCCUUGCUUUGAAGUUGAUUAUUCCAGAUCUAAACCUUAUCUCUACAACUUCAAUACUCAAACCAUCAGUCCAAGUUUAUCAUCGUCAUCGGUGGAGGUAGGAGUGGUACCGGAUCACAAUAUGGCGGAUGUAUCCACGGCUAGCUUACCGAGUCAGCCGUUGACAGGAUUGGAUAGAGAGGCGAGAGUGAUGAGGUAUAGAGAGAAGAGGAAGAAUCGGAAGUUUGAGAAGACGAUACGGUAUGCGUCGAGGAAAGCUUAUGCGGAGACACGGCCGAGGAUUAAAGGUAGAUUUGCGAAGAGGACGACUGAGGUUGAAGAUGAUGGAGUAUUUACUCCGUUGGCAGUCGCCGCCGACGGCGGUUACGGCGUCGUUCCGACGUACUAGCGAUGAAGAUGAUGAUGAUGAUUCAGUGCUUUUCUUUGUUUCUGUUUUUGUGUGUGCGUUUUUGUUGUAUAUAAUUUGUGUGUAUUAUUUCUCUAAUGAAAAUGAUAAACGUUGGAAGAUAAAUUUUGGUAUUCUGAUCCGACGAUUGAAAAAUUCUGCUUACUGCAGACCGUCCGAUUUGUUGCUAUAAAAUGUUAUCAUCUGUUA